AUGUCUGCGGCGCGGAAUCCUACGAGCUGGGAUGGCUACGAGGGCGGUGCCUCGCCGGGAGAAAGCGUGACCGAGAGCAUGCUUGAACGCGAACAAGCUCUCGUCGACGACGACAACGACGAUGCUGAAAAUGGCAACGAAGGGGGCUUCUCGAGACGGCGACGGUCCUCCAUUACCUACCAAUUGGCUGCUAUUGCCGACAUUGGCGGCGUCAACAGCUUCCGAUCCUUUGCCAGGAGUUGGCAGCGAGCCGCAGGAUUCCAUGAAGUUAUUCCUCGUCGACCGAGUUUUGUUCUUGCGCCCGACCAAGACGCCGAUGAUCUUCAAUACAGUCGCAGCCAUGUUCCGGGAUCGUCGCAACCGCAAUCCGGUCUUUUGCGCCAACACUUGGAAGCAUCGUCUUCUCAGGCCAACGGCGAAUCCAGCUCAGCCAUUGAGUCGUCUCCAAGAGCAAUGAGAACAUCCCGUCGCGACGACGAAACAAAACCGCUGCUUGAUGUUGAGGCAGGCGAUUCGUCCAUCGUUGGAUCGCCCCGAUCAAGCAUCUUUGCUGUUCCGCCUCAUCUUGCGGCCCCUGAUAUCGUUGGCAGCUAUGGCUCGUUCCGGGACUCCUCGCCCUUUGGGACCAUGGAAAGAAACCCGCGCCACCGCAUUUCCUUCAGUGAAGGAAGUGGUUGGGGUGUAGCGGACGAGGACGAAGAGGAAGGCGAAGACGCAGCGCAUGGCGAGCACCAGCCUAUUCUCGUCAAAGAGGUCAAGCAGGGUAACAAAGUUGUCCUUGCUGUUGAGGGCCAAAGUACUCUUCCUCAGUCCGUCUUCAACUCCAUCAACGCUCUCAUUGGUGUUGGUCUGCUCAGUCUUCCGUUGGCCUUUCAGAUGACGGGCUGGAUCACCGGCCUGUUUCUUCUCACUUUCACAGCUGCUGUCACUUCUUACACAGGCAAGCUGUUGGCCAAAUGCAUGGACUUUGAUCCUAGUCUCAUCACAUAUUCCGAUCUGGCGUACGUCUCUUUUGGUACUCGUGCUCGGGUGAUCGUCUCUGCACUUUUCAGUCUUGAGUUGAUAGCAGCUUGUGUCGCUCUGGUGAUUCUCUUUGCCGACUCUCUGGGCCUUCUGCUUCCAGGCAUUGCAACUGUCAACACUUGGAAGGUUGUGGCUUCAGGCUUGGUGUUGGUGCUAAAUGCAUUGCCUUUGCGCUUGUUGAGUUACACCAGCGUUAUCGGUAUCUUUUCCACGUUUUGCAUUGUUGUAAUUGUUAUCAUUGAUGGAUUCUACAAGCCCAACUAUCCUGGUUCGCUUCGAGAACCGGCGACGACUUACCUUUUCCCUGAGAAUUGGCUGGCAGUUCCCCUUGCGUAUGGUCUCCUUGCCAGUCCCUGGGGUGCUCACUCUGUGUUUCCAUCGAUUUACCGUGACAUGCGCCACCCGUACAAAUGGGGCAAGGCUGUUAACAUCACCUUCUCUUUCUCUUAUCUGGUGGACACAUGCCUGGCCGUGAUUGGACUGCUCAUGUUCGGUGAUGGCAUCAAGGAUGCCAUUACCUCUAAUAUUCUGAAGUCCAAAGGCUAUCCUGAUGCGUUGAAGAUUAUCAUGUGUAUCUUCAUCGCUAUCAUUCCUCUGACAAAGAUCCCUCUCAACGCUCGUCCCAUUAUCACGACCUUGGAUGUCAUUUGUGGUGUUCACGAACAUCAUCACCAUCACGAACAGCCUCACAGCCAGCCCACUCGAUCAUCCGUUCUCGUCACCAAAGCGGUCCGACUGCUUGUCCGAGUCUUUGUGGUCAUUCUUCUGCUAUUCAUCUCUAUCGUCUUCCCGGCCUUCGACUCCGUCUGUGCAUUCCUCGGUGCUGCUCUUUGCACCCUCAUCUCUAUCAUCCUGCCUAUCUCAUUCUAUCUGAAGCUGUACUGGCAGGAUGUGUCUUUGCGAGAGAGGAUCAUGUCUGCUGUACUCCUCGUCAUCUUUGGUAUCUUGGGUACACUUGGUACUAUCUGGACAUUCUUGCCUAAGCAUCUCAUUGGCGCUGACUAG